AUGGGAUCCUCAAACAAAGUCACCAAUGACGCUGAGGGUAACGUCAUGGACAUUGCCCUUGGCUCUCUACGGGCCCGCAAGAUUCCUAUGCUCAAAGUGGAGAAUCGUCUUCACUGGAUCCUUGACGAAAACCUGCGCCCAGCAAUCGUUGUUGGUUAUGGCACAGAUGACCCUGAGAAGAUGUCCAGCAUCCAUCACAUCAUCAAGUUUCACGUUCGCAAGCGCCCCAUUUUCAAUGUGGUCUCUGCCAUGGUUGAUUAUGCUGUCAAGCACACCAGAGUCGCUACGCCAAACGUAGUGAUCUACGAUGACAAGAUCCCAGGCCACGACAUCAUGAGCGCCAGAAACUUUCUGAAGGACCAGUACAACAACUAUGUCGUUGAUGUUGCCGAAGCUUUCCGCGGCCGCGGUCUCAAGGUUCCUCUUGUGGACGAGUUUGAGGAGGUGCCAGUCGGAAAGAAGGGCAAGGGCCAGAAGAUCAUCACCAAGCGCAAGACCAAGAUGCUUCCCAAGGCUAGAGUCGCGAAGAAGACAAGGAAUUCCAAGGCUCAUAAGCGCGUCCGCUUUAUGAUGGAUGAGGAGGAUGAUGAAGACGGACCCAUUCGUCGUUUGACACCUACCGGGACGGUCGCCGAUACAGAGGAGCUGCAGACCGAGAAUGCCUGCGCUGAUAAGAAUGGUGUCCAAUCGUCACCUGAGCGUGCUGACAGUCUCAUGGGCGAUUCCCCAUCUGAUCAGUUCGUCUUCAAGCAGACAGCAGAGGGUCUCGCACUCGUAUUUAGCCCUGACACCCCACUCAACUCCACCGAAGAUCACUUUGGACUCGGUACACUCACCAGCAUGGUCGAAGCCACUUCUGAAACCGACAUGCUGAGCAAGACCGCCUGGUCGUUCAGUCCUUGCGACGGUUCUAUACUUGAUCAGCGUAGCGCUCGUCCAGCUCAGGAGGAUCUCUUCGUGUCUAGCCAGAGUGAGCAAGAAGAGGAAAUUUCGAUCUGA